AUGGCGGAGGCUGACGCAGCACUCGUGGAGCAUCGGGGUAGCAGUCGAGGGGGCGAUGCCGGAGAAGAUACGGCGUCAGUGCAUCUGAUAAGAGACACGGGGCGAGGGCGCGCCAGCGGGCGCGCGCCAAGUCAAAGUACUUCACGUCACUCGUCGCACGGACCGCAAGGCGGCGCGGCUGGUCGCGGUGGCGGCGGCGGCAGCGGCGGCGGUGGUGGCGGCGGCGGUUGGAGCGGCAAACAUACCGGCGGAGGUUGGCGAAUUAAAAAUGCACCUAUAGGCACUGAGGGCCCUAAAGGUAGUUGCCGUGUGUGUGGAGGUCAGCACGCGGCAGAAAGCUGCAAGUUUAAAAUGUAUGUUUGUCGAGUCUGCAAUAAAGAAGGUCAUUUGAAACGCGUUUGCCCGAAUGUGAAAAAUAACGCAGCAGGGGUACACCAUCUGGCAAGCAAGGAGUUCCAUAUGAACUCUUCCAGCGAUAGUGACGAGUUCUAGUUACCGAGACGUGUUCGGCGAUGGGCUGGGUCGGUUCACG